UGUAGUGGUCUGAGCAGAAAUAGCAUUCGAUAUUUUCCUGGGAAAGCCCUCCAAAAUGCAAACAAAGUACAAUUUCUGAGUGUAGACGACAACCAGAUUCAAACAGUAUCCAAAGCUCACCUGUCAUAUUUGGUCAACUCGGAUUUAAAACACCUAAAUCUGAGCAACAAUCAAAUCAACUACAUACAGCCAGGGUCUUUCUCUCAGUUACAGAAACUGCUGAUUUUAGAGUUGCAUGAUAAUGACUUGGCCACAGUAGAAGAAGGAGUGUUUGGAAACAUACCUAAUCUGUUACACUUGGACUUGGUGAGGAACAACUUGCAGAUCUUGAAAAGUAAAUACUUCACCAACAUGCCCACACUUAGAACGCUGAGACUGCACUCCCAGAAAACCAAGAUGACCAACAUCUACUUUGAUGCCUUCGAGAACAUCAACGACAACCUGACCAACCUAUGGGUCAGUGACAAUGCUUUAACAAGUUUUCCUCACCAAGUUUUGUCUGAGCAGACUUACUCCUCACUGAAGGAAGUGUAUGCAGACACUAACCAAAUCACUAACCCUAUUGAGUACACACUGGAUGCAUUUAGUCUGAGCAUGACCUCAACCUUUAAUGCCAAGUCAGGAGUCUUCAAAGUGUGGACCAAAUCACCAAAUAUUGAAAAACUUGAGUUGUCUGCUAACAGGAUUGCUGAGAUCAAGUCGGACUACUUCUGUGUGUUGACCAGCCUGACCUAUUUAUACCUGGACAGUAACCUCAUCACAGACGAGAAGUUCCCUAACGAUGCACUGGACUGUCUCUCCAAACUCUUUUACCUGGAGCUAUCGUCUAAUAGCUUUAAGUAUGUCCCCCAGACUGUGAGAAGCUCGGCUAACCUGACCAGUCUUAGACAGCUGUACCUGGGAUCCAAUGACAUCACCUUCCUGGAGGCUGAUACCUUCACCAGCGCCAACCUCACUGUUCUGGGACUUCAGUACAAUGGGAUUCUUGCAGUGGAAGACAAUACAUUUUGUAAAACUCUGAGAUACAUAUACCUUCACGGAAAUGAUUUUAGAUUUACCCACAAAAAGCCUUUUACAGAUAUGUCAAAUCUGGUUCAUCUCCAGUUAAACAACAAUGAAAUCGAUGAUAUCCCAGAUGAGGCAUUUGAUGGAUGUACCUCUUUGGCAACUUUGUACCUGAACAACAACAAGCUGGGCUGGCUAAAGGUCACAAUGUUUGAGGACAAUGUACUUACAGAUUUUAGAGCAGCAAGCAAUGAAAUAGCCUACAUAGAGGAUGGCACUUUCAAAAAUUUCACUACCAUGAAUUAUUUGUACCUGGGUAAUAAUGAGCUUACCAAGCUACCAACAGGAGGAGAUUUCUCUGACAAGACGAUCACACACCUCCAGCUCCAGAGUAACAGAAUCACGGAAAUCAACACAGGGGUCUUCAAUAAUCUUAAUGUGGCCUACCUGUCUCUUCAGAAUAAUGAGAUAUCAGUGAUUGGAUCUGAGGGGUUUAAGGGAGUCAGUGUUUCCCAGUCUCUGUCCAUGACAGGAAAUGUCCUGAAGAAACUGGAGUCAAGGGCCUUUGUGGACGUAAACAUUGAUCAGCUGAGCCUGAGUGGGAUGCAGCUGACCUACCUCCUGAAGGAUUCCUUUGUUAAUGUUCAGGCCACAGACAUCUUCCUCCAGAACAACCAAAUUGAUUACAUUGAGGAGGGCGCAUUUGACACCAUCUCCAUCAGUGAUGAUCUACACCUGUAUGGGAAUGGUAUGACAUCACUUCAGGGAAACAUCUUUGCCAACAGCUCUGUUAUCUCGGAUUCCUUGUUUUUAUACAGUAACAACCUCUCCUCAAUACCCAUCAAUGCAUUUGAUAACCUGUCUGUUAGAAGAGUAUACCUCCAAGACAACGUGAUAACUGACUAUCCAACAGAUACUCUGUCUAACAAAGCAACUCUCACUACUGUAGACCUGACCAACAACAAGAUCUCCUCGGUCACUUCCUCUACCUUCCUCAAUCAGGCAUCUCUCACUUACCUUGACCUCGACAAUAACCUUUUGACCUCCAUAUCUAAGGAUGUAUUUACACCACUGAUUUACCUGCAGAAUCUGGACCUGAGUGGGAAUUCCAUUGGUUACGUGGAGCCUCUGUCCUUCAGUUCUCUGACCGCCUUACAGACACUGGACAUCUCGUCCAAUCAGCUGAUCUUCUUCCCUAAGCUUCCUAACAUGACCAGCCUGAGAUCUGUAGACAUCUCUCAUAACCAGCUACAGUCCAUAGAGUAUCAGGCAUUCGACGACUUUGUAGGCAGCAAAGUCUUCAAAACUCUGAAGCUUGAUGAGAACUUACAGAUGGGAUGCGAUUGUUACCUCUAUGAGACCCUCCUGGCUGUACAGACCACUAUCAGUGGGGGUCAGUGUGGGACCCCAACCUCUGUCGCCGGGGUUAUGUUUGGAUACUCCAAUAAAACUUCCCCCAUGUAUUUUGAAAACCAACAGCUCACAAAGUUUUUGUGUUCCCCCGUGAACCUAGUGGCCUCUUCCCCCUCGGCGACCCAGCUGACCGUGUCCUGGACACGCCCCAAUAACACUGUGUCCUCCAGUACCUACAUCGCUGAUGCUGUGGCCAGUGGCUGGCAGUACAGGUUGACCUGUACUAGCAGUCCUGGGGGAGUGGUGUCUCAGGCUUCAGUGAAUGGUACCACACACACCUUUACAUCAGGUGACGGAAUCACUGCAGGCACCACCUACGUGUGUACCGCAGCUCUUGUCAUAUCUAAUGCCACCAGUGCCGAGAGUCAACCAGUAGUGCUCACCACACAAGCAGCUGUUGCCACUGGUCCUAAUGUAACAGUAGGAGCCACAGACUGGAUCUUGCCAAUCAUUUACUAUGAUUAUAGUGUGACAAAUUCUGAUUUCAAUGGAUUCUCUAACGCCAUCAUCUCUAAGCCAACCUAUGUUCCGAGCCCCUAUGGAUCCUGGCUGUUGAGAUCAUCUAAUCCGUCAUCCGACACCUUCUCUGGCUGGUUUGUGGAUCAAACGGGAACCUCAGUGAAUUAUGUGUAUAAAGACAAUAUCACACUGUCACUUAUCUCCUCUUCUUCCCCAGUAACACAUCGGUUUACUGCCCAGAACAGCUACUUUCCUGUGGACAACAUGGGGUUUGGUAAUCAGGACAAGGACUGCUAUGGAGUGGAGCACAAUUUUGGAUUCACCUCCGCCAUCAGAUCAGGAUUUGUUUUCCAAGGCACCGAGUCCAUCACUAUAGGAGGUGGGGACGAUUUGUGGCUCUACCUUAAUGGGAAAUUUGUGAUGGAGAUCAGUGCUAGAAAUACAGGGACCAACGUACCCUGUAAAAAGAUCAUUCUCAGUGCAGCUAGUACCCCAGGUGGAAGCUACAUCAUACCGCAGUAUGGUCUGGUGUCCCCUACAACAAGCUUGUGUGUAGUCACGGGUACCUUACCAGCAGAGCAAGUGCAUGUUGAACUGGAGGUAGGGGAGAGGUACCAUUUCUCAAUUUUCCAUGUGGAGCGACUGUCCUGUGCCUCCAGUCUAUACAUUCAGACAGAAGACUUCCAGUUUAUUGUGGAUCCUGCUGAGGAGCCCCCCAGGGACUACAUUAUUACAGUGGCGGAAGACCUCCACCAGAACGGUAUCGUAGCGGAAGUCGUAUUGGCUGAUAUCUUCUCAGUGGGUCCUCCGUUCACCAUCAACGUUCUCAGAGGAAAUGAGGCCAGACAUUACACUUUGAAGGACAAGACGACAACUAAUGUGAAUGCUGCAGUGGCUCCACCUACAGUUCCCCCAACUUAUACCACCAUUGAUGGACAUACUUUUGUUGAAUGUGCCACCCCCUCUACAAUAACCCCUGAGAGCUAUGAUGGUACGGUGGAAGCCUUUACAAUGAACACACAAACAGCUCUGUUUACACUGGACUCCAGCCUUGACUACGAGGUCAACACCACCUACAGUGUGGUAAUGGAAGUUGUUGAUACAGGCAAAACCCCACCUUCUACUGGCACAAUCACUGUCAAGGUUAAGGUGUCUGAUGUGAAUGACAACUGUCCCGAGUUAACACAGACAUUGUAUCAGCUCAGUGCUAUCCCUGCUCUCAGGUCCUCAGCCCUGGCUGAUCUGACUGCUACAGACAUUGACAGUGGGAAUAACUCGGCUCUAUCCUUCUACAUCUCGACCAUCACUGAGGAUCCCCCCAUCUCCAUUUUCAAUGACACCAUGGACCUAUACAAAGAGGUCUACGAAGCCAAUACGCUGUUGAAGUUUAAGGUGAUUGUGGUAGAUGGUGGUAGCCCCAUGCGAGGAGCCACCACCUCCGUGGAGGUUGACAUUGACAACUCGUGUCUGAUUGAUGUGGAGUACAAAGCCAUUCCUUAUACCAUGACUGUUAAUGUCUCCACAGGGGAGAUUUACCACAGACUCCCAGGAUAUUACUAUUACGAAUACAACUGUAAUGAUGCCCUGGGAAUGGAAAGUGGAGUUAUUCUAGACAAGUACAUCACUGUGUCAUCUUCCUCCUCAACAAGUGGAGGUGAAAGAGGCCGACUCAACAUGACACAACUGCCUGCCAAUCUGGGAUCUUUGACGGGAGGCUGGGUCCCCACUGUCAGUGAUACCAGUCCGUACAUAGAGGUCAACCUGACAGAAGCCACCUUUAUCCAUGUAGUACAGAUCCAGGGACAGGACUCAGUGGACAACUGGGUGACCAGCUUCUCUGUACAGUACAGUGCUGACGGUGUUAGCUGGAGCACUUACUCCAACUCCUCAGGAGCCACGGUAUUUGAAGGAGCCACAGACAGGGACACAGUUGUAAGUGUCCCUAUGGUGCCAGCUGUGAAUGCAACCUACAUCCGGAUUAACCCACGCACCUGGAAUAAUGCCAUUGGUCUCAGACUGGAAUUUAAAGGAUGUUCUUUUGCCAAGUAUCAGUACUAUCGUACGACCUGUCAGAGGUGUUUAACCUCCUGGUACUGUGAGGGGGACUCCACCAUCAAGCCUUGUGGUCGCUGUGACCCCCCGGUCUCUGGUUCCACCUGUGGCCGCUCCCCCACGGAGCACAGUUUUGGAGCAGCAUCAUCCUGUACCACAUGUCCAGAGGGCUGGAUAUGUAAUGAUGGAUAUGCCUCACCGUGUCCAGAUUUUCACUAUGUGACUUGUAAUGACACAUACUGCCCUACCUCCUGUACUCAGUGUGAGCUAGGCUACGCCUGUAGAGGAGGAAAACGCUACCAGUGUGAAAAGGGAACUUACUCUGAUGGGAAUGUCAAGUUCUGUACCAUGUGUUCCCCUGGUAAAUAUCAGGAUGAGGUGGGACAGAGCACCUGUAAGAACUGUCCCGCCGGUUACUACAGCUCCGCCAGUAAGGACCGCUGUGACCCGUGCGAGGCGGGGACGUACGCCGCCUCUGAUGGCAGUGGGUGUAACUCGUGUGGCUCCACCACCCAGUGUCCCUGUCUGGGCAGCACCACCCUGUGUUACCACCCUGACCUCUGCUAUAAUAUGGAUGGUAGUCAUGGGUGUCUGUCUUGUCCCACUGGAUAUUCAGGCAAUGGAGUGACGUGUACAGAUGUUGAUGAGUGUACCACUUUAUCCCCACCCCCCUGUUUUAUGCAGCGCUGUAGGAACACGGAGCCAGGGUUCCAGUGUCUGGCCUGUCCCCUGGGAUAUGUUGGUACCUACGAGGAUGGGCUUUCCUUUAAUAUAAGUAGGAGGACCUUCCAGCUGUAUAACAAUGUGUUAGACCCCACACAGUCCCAGACCUGCUCUGAUGUCAAUGAGUGCCUAUCUAACAAUGGAGGAUGUGAUCCCAACGCUUACUGUACUAAUACACAAGGUAGUUACAGUUGUGGCUUCUGUAAGGAGGGGUAUGUAGGUAAUACUUUGACGGGGUGUGAGUUAGCUGACUACUGUCUCUCAGGCAAACACACCUGUGAUGCCAACGCCACCUGUUACUACACAGGACCUCAGGAGUACAAGUGUGUGUGUAACAAUGGCUGGGCAGGUAAUGGUUACCUGUGUGGAGAUGAUCCAGAUCAAGACGGAGUCCCUACAUUAGGUCUACCCUGCUCAGAAGCCAGCUGUAACUCGGACAAUUGCCCCUCAGAUCCCAACAGUGGCCAGGAGGAUACCGACACAGAUGGUGUGGGAGACGCUUGUGAUGAUGAUGACGACAAUGAUGUCAUCUACGAUAGUCAGGAUAAUUGCCUGUAUGUGGCCAAUUACGACCAGAAUGAUACCGACUCUGAUGGUGUUGGUGACCGCUGUGACAACUGUCCUAACGUCGCUAAUGCUGACCAGUCGGACGUUAAUGGGGACGGAGUGGGGGACGUGUGUCAUACGGACAAUGAUAAGGACGGCGAUGGAUUCCUGGACAGCGUCGACCUCUGUCCACUUGUGGCAACCACUGUCCAGACAGACACAGACGGAGAUGGUGUAGGAGAUGAGUGUGAUAACUGUCCACAAGUCAGUAACGCCGCCCAGACAGACUCCAACUUUAAUGGUGUGGGGGACAGUUGUGAUGGACAAGACAAAGAUGGUGAUGGUGUACCAGACUUUAAGGAUAACUGUCCAGAAGUUCCAAACUCCCAGCAGACCGACACUGAUGGGGACGGGACCGGAGAUUUCUGUGACUCGGACAUCGACAAUGAUGGAGUCCUCAAUGCAGUGGACAACUGUGUGUAUGUCUCCAAUGCUGAUCAAGCUGAUGCCAAUGGAAACAGAGUUGGUGAUGUUUGUGAAAGUGACCUUGACCAGGAUGGUGUUAUAAACAACCUUGAUGUCUGUCCCCAUAACAAGGACAUCAGCUCUAUAAACUUCACAGACUACUUUUCUAUUGACCUUAACCCAUCCUUGACCUCAGAGAAAGCACCUGUUAUGGCAUAUCAUACAUUUGGAAACAUAUAUGGACAUAUAGUGAGGGAAACAAGGGAGACGUGUGUUUUAGGCAACUCAGAACUGUAUGUGAAGGAGGGGGACACCAUGAUCGCUGAUUCAGGUACCCUGUAUGACGUGUCCAUUCCCGGAGGAAGGAUUGGGGUGUUCUCUUACAACCAGACUGGGGUCAUCUGGUCAGACAUGAGAUACGAAUGUAAAGACAGAACCAACAAGGCUUUAUCUUUGGAUGGGUCUACAUGUGGCAUUAUUGGGAAUAUGAGUGGACUGAGAAUAGAGAAAAGUUUUACAAUGGAAGCGUGGGUGAACCUUCCCACAGGAUACCCCUCCACCAAGAUCCCGAUUCUCUGUACAAACGGAAGUGACCUCUGUCUCUAUGUGGAGGGAGGGGUUUUCAAAAGCCAGGUCAAGACUUCCAGUGUGACUGGAACAACUUCCCUCACAGACAACAGAUAUAAUCAUGUGUUGAUGAGAUACAAUGCACAAGCUGCUACUCUAGCUCUUUUUGUCAAUGGAACCAAAGAAGUUGAAUCUACAGGCCUUGAAGAAAUUUCUUGGGCCACAGACUUGGUAUUGUACAUAGGAUUUGAUGGAAGUAAUUAUUUAACCGGAAUACUCGAUGAUAUAAGGAUAUAUAAUGUCCAGAUACCAGAUGCAGAUGUCAACAAAUUCUGGCAGAAAGUAGGAAUGGAGAGAGAUUAUAACAAGUACACAUUAUCAGCCCACUAUACCAUGGAUGAUAAUCCUA